AUGAUGCUUCAACCCAGGCUCUUAACGUCCCUCCGAGCCUUGGGAGGAGUAAUCGCUCGCCCAACUACACCAAUAACCCGUUUACUCCCGCAACAAUCAACAUCACACUCGCUCCUCCCCCGGACAGCCUCCGCUGCAACCACACCAUCACCAAUCCUUUCCAGCAACCUCCCUCUUUUUUCAUUCUCCCAAGUUCGACAUGCUUCUCACUCUGCCCAAGGAGCCGCAAAUAAGCACUCUCGUGACCCGGCCGGAAAGCGCCUCGGCGCGAAGCGCACAGGCGGCGAAUACGUCGUCCCCGGAUGCAUCAUCUUCCGCCAGCGUGGCACAAAGUGGUUCCCAGGUGAGAACUGCGCCAUGGGAAGGGACCACACCAUAUACGCUACGGAGGCCGGAUAUGUCCGCUAUUACCUUGACCCCGAGCGCCAUUCGGAGAGGAAGUAUAUCGGAAUUGUCUUUGAGAAGGAAGGCAAGUUACCUACGCCUCGGAAUGCGCCGACGCGACGCAAGUUGAACCGAGUUGCUGUGCCGAGAUUGCCGGAGAUUAUUGAGGAAGGACAGUCGGAUCUGACCGUUCUCAUGAAUGAGAGUGGGACAACAAUUGGGGAUGUGGCGGCUGUGGAUGCGGGCGCUGGGAAGCAGCUGCGCCCCGGAUACAUGUGGCGUGAGGCAAACUGGCAGAUUGGGCGCGCUGCUGAGAAGGCCGGUAUCACCGCCGAGCCGUACAAGAAGGAUAAUCGGUGGUUGGCUUGGAGGAAGAGACAGGCUAGGGCUGAGCGUGUUGCCCAGAUGAAGAGUUUGAAGAAUAAGAAGAAGGCAUCGAAGAAGGCUAAGCGAUGA